CACUCUCAUUAAGACGUCUCUCUCUCUCUCUCUCUCUCUCGCUCGCUCGCUCUCUAAGACCCACAAAUCUAUGUCGGCGUUUCGCCACGAUUUAAAUCCUAACGGACAUGUGAACGGCGGCAGAUGGACCGGCAAGGCAACGCAAUGAGACAAAAAGGUUUAGAACACGGGGAGAGUGACAACGGCGGGGCGCGAGGGAGAAAGAAAGGGGAGGGGAGAACUGACAUUAAAGCAACACAACAAGGAAACUACGCCGCAGAGACGCACGGACGCCUUCAUUUUAUGUUGUUUUGAAUAAAAGCCCGGAGCCGGUGUGGCGAAGUGCAUUUAAAAAAUUUUUUUUUUUUUUGCAAAAUCUUCUCCGAGAUCACCCUCACGGCACCCCCAAAGUGCCCUAAAAAAAAGGAAAACACCUUUCGGACGGGAGUUGGACUCGAAGGCGCCCCGCGACGCUUCCAGAGACAUGGGCUCAGAGCCGCCCAGCUCUCCACAGGUGGUGGAGGACGGAGGAGAGGAAGAUGAGGAGGAGAUGAGCGGAGGAGAGGAGGCAGACCUGCGGUCCAGCUCCGGCCGUGGCUCCCUGUUAACCAGGAGAGGGAUCACCCUGCGAGUGCUCCUCAAAGACGGCCUGGUGGAGCCCGGGGAUGGCGUGCUGUCCAUACACUACCUGGGUAAGAAGUUUGUGGGAGACCUGCUGAAUGAUGGGAAAAUCCGCUGGGUUGAGACUGGCCAGAUCUUCAACUCUCCCAGUGCCUGGGCAACACACUGUAAACGUCUUGUCAACCCGGCCAAGAAGUCUGGCUGUGGCUGGGCGUCAGUCCGCUACCGGGGACAGAAGCUGGUCCAGUACAAAACCAGCUGGCUGCACAAAUACCAGCCCAGUGCAGACAUGAGCCUGGUUAGUGAAGAAGAAGAUGAUGAGGAUGAAGAGGAAGGCAAGACAGCUGUGCCAGCAGACGACAAGAACAAAAAUACCAAACCUGGGUUGCAUGACAUCAUGGUGCCGAGGAGAACCGACAGAGAGAGAAUUCCUGUCAGAUACUGCAGCUUGGGCACCAGGGAUGCUGCAAGAGAUUCACACACACUAGUUGAGUUAUCAGCUUUCUCAGCCAUCAACAGAUUUCAGCCUUUCAACGUAGCUGUGUCCAGUAAUGUACUGCUGCUAAUGGACUUCCAUUGUCACUUGACCACCAGUGAAGUGGUGGGUUAUCUGGGAGGACGAUGGGAUACUAACACACAGUUGCUGACUGUAUUAAGGGCCUUCCCAUGUCGAACCCGACUGGGAGACAGAGAAUCUGCCUCUGCUGUGGAGGAGGAAAUCUGCCAGAACCUGUUCAUGCGCGGUCUGUCAUUGGUGGGCUGGUACCACAGUCACCCGCGAGGUCCGGCCCUCCCAUCACUUCAGGACAUUGACUCCCAGAUGGACCACCAGCUGAGGUUGCAGGGCUCCAACAACGGCUUCCAGCCUUGCUUAGGGAUCAUCUGUGGCCCUUAUUACCACGGCAACCAGGGCGUGGCGUCCACCAUUACACCGUUCUGGGUAGUGCCACCGCCUGAGCAACGGCCCAAUGACUACGGCAUCCCAGUGGCUGUGGAGGUUACCUACGUACAGGACAACUUUCUCACCAGCGAUGUCCUCAAUGAGAUGAUGCUGCUGAUUAACUACUACAGGGGAGCACCCGACCUUGUCCAGUUCAGCCAGCACUGGUGUCCCAAUACUACAAUGAUGGACAAGAUCAAGGGCUCUUUGAGUGGCCAUGCUCCAAAAGACCAGGCCUACUCCCAGAUCCUAGAGCACGUCUACAGCCAGCUGACCAACAUGCAGUGAGCCAACCCCUCUGCAUGUGUGAGUGUGUGCCUGUCAAUCCAUUUCAAGUUGUUCCCUCGUUGUUUGCAUUUGUGCACUUCCCUUUACGGAUCCGACGGGUCUAGUGUUAUGAACAUACAAUGUGAAGACUGCUUGAUUAAUUACUGCACACAUGCCUCAAAUGCUGUUUAGCAUUAUUUUACAGAUUCGCCAGUAAACCUCUGACAGUUGUUGCCACAUUUACUUAUUCACACCACUUUUUGUUUUUUGUUUGCUUUUUUUAUAUACUUCAUCCAUCCAUGAAAACAAGCAAAAUUACUAGAACUGGCAAAACUUUGUCUUGUUUGAUAUGGACUUCUGCGUCUACAAAAAUACAACAUUUCAUAAUUUACCUCAAUUAGUUGCCUAACUGCAGGAAGUAACCCGUCAUGACACAAUGUUUACAUGCGCUAUAAACAGAAUCAAGUCACUUGCUAAAUUGACCCAAGAUAGUGACAUCCCUAUCGAUACCUUAUUCCAAGCAAUAGAGUCAGAAAAAAAGAGUCUACUGCCUGUUAAAACAGACAUUAUACCAAAGUUGAACGUUUUUGGAGGGAACUAAAGAGAAUAGCGGCACGGUGGCACAGUGGUUAGCACGGUCGCCUCACAGCAAGAAGGUCCUGGGUUCGAGCCCUGGUGUAGUCCAACCUCGGGGGCCGUCCCGGGUCGUCCUCUGUGUGGAGCUUGCAUGUUCUCCCCGUGUCUGCGUGGGUUUCCUCCGGGUGCUCCGGUUUCUUCCCACAGUCCAAAGACAUGUAGGUCAGGUGAAUCAGUCAUACUAAAUUGUCCCUAGGUGUGAAUGUGUGUGUGUGUGUGUGUGUGUGUGUGUGUGUGUGUGUGUGUCGGCCCUGUGAUGGACUGGUGGCCUGUCCAGGAUGUCUCCCCGCCUGCCGCCCAAUGACUGCUGGGAUAGGCUCCAGCAUCCCCGCAACCCUGAGAGCAGGAUAAGCGGCUUGGAUAAUGGCUGGAUGGAACUAAAGAGAAUAGUUUUGGGCUAGAAACCAUCCCAUCUGUCUGUUUGCAUGCACACUGGGCUCUAACACGUGGUUGUAAUGUGCCAGUCUGCCAGCUUUGUGUGAACAGAUGAUGCCAGAUAUAAGCAUUACAGUGCAAAACUGAAUGUGCAACAAUUGCCUUUACGAAAAAAAAAGUGGUGCUUUGGUUUGAAAAACACAAACAAGCAUUAAACUCAAGUAUGUGUUGAAGUGUUAAAUUUGGCUUAACACCUCACAAUUAAAAAUAUUUUCUAUUCAAGUAUCAUUCCCUUUGAUGAAGCAAAAGCUGUCGAGCAUGCUAUCUCCACUCUGGUCUUCCAUCGCUCUUAGUAUUUCAGCCGAGAGUCAGUCUUGCUGAACUUAUCAGGAUUACUUCAGUGACUUUUGAAAGUAUGUUUUUGUGUCCCUCAAGUCUACCGGGUGGGAGAUUACAUUCUGGUAAAAGUCAUUUUAUUCUAUGGUGCUCAUCAAAUAUAAUUGAUUAUCUUAUCGGGUGUUUCAUUAAACUGGGCUAGUAUGCGUGCUGUGUGUGUUCCUGUAUGGUCGCUUUUUUUUUUUUGCUGUGAGAACCCAACCCUUUUGGUUGUUAAGAGUAUAUCUCCUCCUCUUUACCUGUACUGUAUUUAUUAACACUUGUAGAUUGUGUGAUGUAAAAUAUGAAGACAAAAAUGCCUUAAGCCUGCUGACUGAUGAUCUAGAAACCAUUCAAAUACACACACUGGAACUAAUAAAAGAUGACUGAU